AUGGACACCAGCGUGAAGAAAUUCACAGUGCGGCGCUUCUUCUCCGUCUACCUGCGCAAGAAAUCUCGAUGCAAGAGUUCCAACUUAAGCAAAUAUGAGGAUGAACGUAUUGUGAAGGAAAUAGACAUCAGCAACCAUGUGAAAGAAGGCUUUGAAAAAGCAGAUCCCUCUCAGUUCGAAUUGCUCAAAGUCCUCGGCCAGGGAUCUUAUGGAAAAGUCUUUCUUGUCAAGAAAAUCAAGGGCUCUGAUGCUGGGCAACUCUAUGCUAUGAAGGUACUUAAAAAGGCCACUCUGAAAGUGCGUGAUCGAGUCAGAUCUAAAAUGGAGCGGGACAUUUUGGCUGAGGUCAAUCACCCUUUCAUAGUAAAGUUGCACUAUGCGUUCCAGACUGAAGGAAAAUUGUAUCUGAUUUUAGAUUUUCUAAGAGGUGGUGACCUUUUUACAAGAUUAUCCAAAGAGGUGAUGUUUACAGAAGAAGAUGUCAAAUUCUAUUUAGCUGAGCUUGCCUUGGCUCUGGAUCAUCUCCAUGGCCUUGGAAUCAUUUAUAGAGACUUAAAACCAGAAAAUGUACUUCUGGAUGAAGAUGGACACAUUAAAAUAACAGACUUUGGGCUCAGCAAGGAGGCCGUUGACCACGACAAGAGGGCCUAUUCCUUCUGUGGGACAAUAGAAUACAUGGCUCCCGAGGUAGUCAACCGACGUGGCCAUGCGCAAAGUGCAGAUUGGUGGUCCUUUGGUGUUUUAAUGUUUGAAAUGUUGACGGGGUCAUUGCCUUUCCAAGGCAAGGACAGAAAGGAAACCAUGGCAUUGAUCCUCAAAGCCAAACUGGGAAUGCCACAAUUCUUAAGCCCAGAAGCCCAGAGCCUUUUGAGAGCACUUUUCAAGCGGAAUCCUUGCAACAGACUAGGUGCCGGAUCUGAUGGAGUUGAGGAGAUAAAACGCCACAGUUACUUUGGAACUAUAGACUGGAACAAGUUAUACAGGAAGGAAAUUAAACCACCAUUUAAACCAGCUGUAGGAAGACCAGAAGAUACAUUCCACUUUGAUCCUGAAUUCACGUCAAGGACACCAACAGAUUCACCCGGUGUCCCACCAAGUGCCAAUGCACAUCAGCUUUUCCGAGGCUUCAGCUUUGUUGCCACCAACCUUGGCCAAGAGCAAACUCAGGCUAAUUCUCGACAGCUGAUUGAUCAUUCAAUGGUGCAGCAGUUACACGGGAAUAGUAUUCACUUCACUGAUGGUUAUGAGCUGAAAGAAGAUGUUGGCGUUGGAUCGUUCUCAGUAUGCAAGCGAUGUGUCCAUAAACUCACAACUGUGGAAUACGCCGUGAAGAUUAUUGAUAAAAGCAAAAGAGAUCCAUCAGAGGAAAUUGAAAUUUUACUGCGAUACGGACAGCAUCCAAAUAUUAUCACCUUGAAGGAUGUUUAUGAUGAUGGAAAAUAUUUGUACCUUGUCAUGGAACUAAUGAGAGGAGGUGAACUACUUGAUCGGAUUCUACGGCAGAAAUGUUUCUCGGAGAGAGAAGCCAGUGCAGUGCUCUACACUAUUACCAAGACUGUGGAGUAUUUACAUUCCCAAGGAGUUGUUCAUCGAGACCUGAAACCAAGUAACAUUCUGUAUGUCGAUGAGUCAGGAAAUCCAGAAUCCAUCAGAAUCUGUGAUUUUGGUUUUGCAAAACAACUCCGAGCUGAGAAUGGUCUCCUAAUGACGCCGUGCUACACUGCAAAUUUUGUUGCCCCUGAGGUUCUCAAGAGGCAGGGAUAUGAUGCAGCCUGUGACAUGUGGAGUUUAGGAAUUCUGCUCUACACAAUGCUGGCAGGAUUCACACCUUUUGCAAAUGGGCCUGACGAUACUCCAGAAGAAAUCCUGGCACGCAUUGGAAGUGGGAAAUAUGCCCUGACAGGAGGAAACUGGGACACUAUUUCUGAUGCUGCUAAGGACAUGGUUUCUAAGAUGCUCCAUGUAGAUCCUCAUCAAAGGCACACAGCAGCGCAGGUCCUUCAACACCCCUGGAUUGUGAACCGGGAAUAUCUACCGCAGAAUCAGCUCAGCAGACACGAUGCCCAUUUAGCCAAGGCAAGUACGAGAUAACCUCUUUAAAUCUGACCUUUGUGUUUGUGAGUAGGAAGGACCUGCAGAUGUUGGUUUACACCAAAGAUAGACACACAAUGCUGGAGCAACUCAGCGGGACAGGCAGCAUCUCUGGAGAAAAGGAAUGGGCAGCAUCUCAGGAGAGGACUGUCUGAAGAAGGAUCUCGACCCAAAACGUCACCCAUUCCUUCUCUCCAGAGAUGCUGCCUAUCCCGCUGAGUUACCCCAGCAUUUUGUGUCUUUCUUUGUUUUUAUGAACCUGACAGUGGCCCGGGUGUUUGACCUGACCAUCAUUGAUGUGGACUGGAGACGGGGACUAAAAUUUCAAUUUACAUGCUGUGUUUUAGACAAUAGGCAAUAGACAAUAGACAAAGGUUUUAACCUUUGGACGGAAAAUUGAUCACUAGAAACAGUUGCUAUUUCCUUAUAGCUUAUUUUUCUUUCAGUUCACUGAAAUUUGACUCUAACCAGGGGUGGUAUGUUCUCAGAAAGAGUUUACUUCUGUACUUUAGUUGUUUCCAUUCUGAGGAAAAACUAUUCCCUUUAACCAGCCGAUACUCUGGGCUACACCCUAUUCCAUCUGCCACUCUCUGCCCACUUCAAGUCCUUGCUUUCUCCUACCCCUCCAACUAUCUGUGUAUCAUCUGCAAACUUGACCACAAAGCUGCAGAGAAUCAUAGAGUCAUAGAGUGAUACAGUGUGGAAACAGGCCCUUCGGCCCAACAUGCCCACACCGACCAACAUGUCCCAGCUACACUCGCCCCACCUGCCCGCAUUUGGUCCAUAUCCCUCUAAACUUGUCUUAUCCAUGUACCUUUCAAAGUUCAAAGUUCAAAGUAAACGUUAUUGUCAAUUCAAUUAUGCAACAGUAGUUACACAGAGGAUCGAAAUUACGUUUCCCCAUACUCCAAAUGUGCAGGUAAUAUUAAAAACACAGACAGACAACAUACCAAUAAAAAUAGACAAUAGACAUUACUUUAUUUAAAAUAUUAAAAUAUUCACAGUAUGCCAAAAUGUAGCAAAAACUUUGAGGUAUUUUAAAAAGGGUGCAACAAUGAAAGGUGCAAUAUAGAAAAAGUGCAAAUUUCGUACUGGAGACAUUGAGCCAAAGUUAUUUUCACAGUUUGUUUAUCUUUGUUUGGGUACUGUUCAUGGAAUUUUCUUAAGUGUGUUUCCAACUGUUUCGUAAAUGUUGCGAUAGUCCCUGCCUCAACUACCUCCUCAGGCAGUUUGUUACAUAGAUCCACCACCCUUUGCGUGAUAAGGUUCCUGUUAAAUCUUCCCCUUCACCUUAAAGCUACGUCUUCUGGUCCUCACCUACUCUGGGCCAGAUACUCUGUGCAUCUACCCGAUCUAUUCCUUUCAUGGUUUUAUACACCUCUAUAAGAUCGCCCCCCCCCCCCAUCCUCCUGUGCUCCAUGGAAUAGAGUCCCAGCCUACUGAACCUCUCCCCAUAGCUCUGACCCUCUAGUCCUGGCAACAUCCUCGUAAAUCUUCUAUGUACCCUUCAAUCCCCUCAUCCAAAUCAUUUCUCUGAGUUACUUUAACACCAAUGCAAUUUUAACAAUAUUGCUAAUUCUUUGAUGACUGCUUCAACAGUGUUGAAGUUAGAUUUAUCAUACUGCAAUAAAUGGAAGUUGCAAAAUGGUGAUUUCAUGCCGUGACUGAAGAUGCAGUAUCAAAGGCACCAUAUUCCAAAAACUAGGGAACUUUUCCUUUGCUCGUGACAGCCGGAGCAGAAAGUAGAACAACAUUGAAAAUAUACUCACUCAUUUAUGCUUAAUCCAAUUUACUUAGGUGACAAUAGCUAGGUAAAACACACUAAAACAUCAAAACUGUGAAACUGUCAAAACUGUGCUGAAUAUUAACCAUAUAACCAUAUAACAACUACAGCAUGGAAACCGGCCAUCUCGACCCUUCUAGUCCGUGCCGAACACGUAUUCUCCCCUAGUCCCAUACACCUGUGUUCAGACCAUAAACCUCCAUUCCUUUCCCGUCCAUAUAACUAUCCAAUUUAUUUUUAAAUGAUAAAAACGAACCUGCCUCCACCACCUUCACUGGAAGCUCAUUCCACACAGCCACCACUCUCUGAGUAAAGAAGUUCUCCCUCAUGUUACCCCUAAACUUCAGUCCCUUCAUUCUCAAGUCAUGUCCCCUUGUUUGAAUCUUCCCUACUCUCAGUGGGAAAAGCUUAUCCACGUCAACUCUGUCUAUCCCUCUCAUCAUUUUAAAAACCUCUAUCAAGUCCCCCCUUAACCUUCUGCUCUCCAAAGAAUAAAGCCCUAACUUGUUCAACCUUUCUCUGUAACUUAGUUGCUGAAAAUCUAGUAAAUCUCCUCUGUACUCUCUCUAUUUUGUUGGCGUCCUUCCUAUAAUUAGACGACCAAAAUUGUACACCAUACUCCAGAAUUGGCCUCACCAAUGCCUUGUACAUUUUAACAUUACAUCCCAACUUCUAUACUCAAUGCUCUGAUUUAUAAAGGCCAGCACACCAAAAGCUUUCUUUACCACCCUAUCUACAUGAGAUUCCACUUUCAGGGAACUGUGCACAGUUAUUCCCAGAUCCCUCUCUUCACCUGCAUUCUUCAAUUCCCUACCAUUUACCAUGUACGUCCUAUUUUGAUUUGUCCUGCCAAGAUGUAGCACCUCACACUUAUCAGCAUUAAACUCCAUCUGCCAUCUUUCAGUCCACUCUUCCAACUGGCAUAAAUCUCUCUGUAGACUUUGAAAAUCUACUUCAUUAUCAUUGGAUUAGAGUCAAUUAUAGUUUCUCCAGUCAACCCCGACAACCAACAACCCCACCAGUUUAGCUGCUGGUCAUUCCUUCACAUGCGUUUUACGUUCCUGUCCCAUUGAUUCUAGAUAUGUUAAAGCUACCCCUCCUUCCCCUAAGUUGCUACAUUUCUUUGAAUUGAGGUAGAGGUCGACGAGAACCAACAUUUAACCAUGAUUUACAUGCGCGUCAUGACGCAUAAAUUAUGUAGUGUAAAUUACAUGCAAAUGACGCCCAAGUGACAUGCCCUUUAAUCCCUUUCAUUCGAAAAAAAAAGUACAUCUUCCUACCCUCCUGGUGCAGAGAUAUUUUACUUCAAAAAGCAAAGGCUAGAAGCACAAAUUUUCCCUGCAAUUAAUUUUCAAAUGUCUAGAUCCCAUUCCUAAACAUCAUUCAGUACUGUUGCCACUGUUCAUGUAUGUGGGCACUGGAUACGUACACAGUGAUGGCCUGAACGUGGUGCCCACUGCUAUCCAAUAUCCUGCCAGUAUAUUGACUGAGGGUGAGAACUCAGUGUGGGUAGGAACUGCAGAUGCUGGUUUACACCCAAGAUAGACACAAAAUGCUGGAGUAACUCAAUGGGACAAGCAGCAUCUCUGGACGGAAGGAAUGGACUCAGUGACUAGGCUUGACUCUGAAGCCUCCUUUGUUAAAUACACUACCAGAAUAUGAACACUGCAUCAGAAAUAGCCAAUGGGCUUGACUAUAGGGGCUGUCCCACUGCGGGGAUCUAAUUGGCGAGUUUAGAAGAGUUUGCCCUUGACUCGUACUCGCAGCAUGGUCGACACAAGGUCCUAGGAGGUCUUUGUAACUCUCCUUCAUGCUUGAGAGUAGUCCCCGCGUACUCGAGGCCUCAGCUAGGUCGCGGCGUAUUUUUCAACAUGUUGAAAAAUGCCAGCGAGUAAAAAAAUGUCCCCAUGGAAAAAAUCAAUAACUUUUUUACUCGUAGGUUUAGUCGAAGUAGGUCGUAGUAGGUCAGCAUGUUAUUCGUAGGUAAUCAAGGGUAGUCAAAAGUAGUCAUAGAUAGUCUUCAACAUAGUCGAAGGGAGGUUGAAGGAGGUCAAAGGAGAUCGAAGGAGGUCAUCUUCACUCCCCACUAUUCGGUGUCCAAUUUUCCCGAAGUUAGUCGAAGCUGUUCGAAGCAAGUCUUCAACAUAGUCGAAGGAGGUCUUCAACAUGACAUUUUUUCAAACUCUCCAAGACUCUUCUAAACUCCCCAAUUAGGUUGCCGCAGUGGGACAGCCCCUUAAGGUUUGGUUGUGCUGCCAGAAAGUCAGCACUGAAUAAGAAUGUAGUGAGUGGAAUCUCAUGUAGAUAGGGUGGUAAAGAAAGCUUUUGGUGUGCUGGCCUUUAUAAAUCAGAGCAUUGAGUAUAGAAGUUGGGAUGUAAUGUUAAAAUUGUACAAGGCAUUGGUGAGGCCAAUUCUGGAGUAUGGUGUACAAUUUUGGUUGCCUAAUUAUAGGAAGGAUGUCAACAAAAUAGAGAGAGUACAGUGAAGAUUUACUAGAAUGUUGCUUGGGUUUCUGCAACGAAGUUACAGAGAAAGGUUGAACAAGUUAGGGCUUUAUUCUUUGGAGUGCAGAAGGUUAAGGGGGGACUUGAUAGAGGUCUUUAAAAUGAUGAGAGGGAUAGACAGAGUUGACGUGGAUAAGCUUUUCCCACUGAGAGCAGGGAAGAUUCAAACAAGGGGACAUGACUUGAGAAUGAAGGGACUGAAGUUUAGGGGUAACAUGAGGGGGAACUUCUUUACUCAGAGAGUGGUGGCUGUGUGGAAUGAGCUUCCAGUGAAGGUGGUGGAGGCAGGUUCGUUUUUAUCAUUUAAAAAUAAAUUGGAUAGUUAUAUGGACGGGAAAGGUAUGGAGGGUUAUGGUCUGAGCGCAGGUAUAUGGGACUAGGGGAGAAUACGUGUUCGGAACGGACUAGAAGGGUCGAGACGGCCUGUUUCCGUGCUGUAAUUGUUGUAUGGUUAUAUGGUUAUAUGGAUUUCAUUAUGAUGCCUCCUAUGUUUUUAUGCCCUACGAAUAUGUUGACAUGAAAUGAGAAGCUAAUAACUUUUGUCCACCUGUCUAGUCUAGACUAAAAACAUUUAGGAAGGAACUGCAGAUGCUGGAUUAAACUG